AUGGUCCGUGCACCACGCACAUCACUAGGUCCCACUUCCUGGUCAAAUAAGCUUCUUUCUUUUUUCAUUUCGCUUGCCAUCGACGCACAAAGUACGAUAUCUCGGACAAAAAAUGGCACCGCCAAAGUGGGCUACCGUCGAGGAAGAGAAGUUCUUUCAGUCGCAUGCUGCAAAUACCAAGUGUGUCAGGCAAAGCGCAACUAUAGUGGAUUUUGGGAGCCAGUGUUCGAGGAAUGGUUUUCGAGAUUCCCGGAAUGGCUUCGUGUCUUUAAGGAUGUCCCCCUUGAUGUUGAAUUGACCGUCGAGCAAAAGACCGAGGUAGGCAAGGCCGUUGAGCACCGUCGACAGCAAAUUAUGAAUAAAUUCAAAAAUGAUAUGGGCUCAUCUAAAGUCAACCGUCAGACCAAAAACCGCAACAAUAAAAUGAUGACAGCAGAUGUAGCCGCAGCAAGCACAUCCCUGACACCGGCGGUAGCCAGUAAAAAGAGUGACGGAGGCGUUCUCGAGCUUUUCUUCGAUGACAUGAUUAAACCUACUCUUAAUCUCGCCAUUGAGAGAGCAAGGGCCGAAGCUGUGGCAAAUGCUGCAGCUGAGAAUAAGGAGGUUAGAAUGCCAUCAAAUAUAGCCGUUAUCAGGAAGCAAACGAGCCUGCUGUAUCACUCAGCGUCCGAUGAGGUCAAACAACAGGUGGCGGAAUUCAUUGAAGAAGCCAAAAAGAAGAAGAAGAGAGAGUGGGAAGAGGCGAAGGGCGCAGGGGUAGCUGACCAUCAAGUAUAUAUUGAUAAACUACCUGGUGUCCUCUCUGAGUUCUUCGACGAACUCCAGAGACUCACUGGUCUCGUUUUCACAGUUCUCAUGGGUGGCCCAACACCAGCAAUGGGCGGGCAGAUUGAUGUCCAGAGCUUUCAUGUUGGUGCGACCGAAAUUGGGAAUCAGUUCGACCUCGCGUAUCCUGAGUUUAACUCAGGGAUCAUGCGACCAUGGAAAGAGUUCGUUAAGCGUGUGUUUCCGGUGGCAACAGCGAAGGAAGAAGGAAGUGUUUUGGGUACGAGUCGACAGCCAACACUAGAGCCUGAGCCAUGGAAAGAAAGCUCUGAUGGACAUGUAUCACAGACGCCUGAUACAUCUGAUGGUGCCUUUGGGAAAAUCCCACGUGAUGCUUUAACA